AUGGUGAAAAUUCUACCCAAAAUGCGCGUCAAGAAAAUCCGAGACCAAACCGCGGUCAUGAAACGAAAAUCGGCUUCCUGCGAAGACACCUUGGCCGUGGACGAUGAGCAUUCGGAGGCCGUGGUACGCAAAAUGACUCGACAAGACAAACUAGCGGCCCAGAAACUGCACAAGGAACGAGAACGAACGGCACGAGCGGCUGCUACUUUGGACGACAAGGGAAAUCAACUCUUUGAACGAGGACACUUCGACAAGGCCAUGGCCUGCUAUUCCAAGGCACUCAAGAUGAAGCGACGGACUUUUAAUAAUAUGCUAGAAGAUGCCGAAGACUUGACAAACUCUACCAAACUGUCCAAGAGCGACUCGCAAGUAUUAGUCAGCAUGGCCACUUCCAUAAACAAUAUUGGUUAUCUCCGACAACGAUCGGGGGAAGCUUCUGCUUCCGAAACCAUGGCAGCCUAUCAAAAGUCCUUGAGGAUCAAACGACGCAUUUUGGGAAAUGAUAAUCUAAGUGUCGGCAAAACUCUCAACAAUAUCGGUUCGGUCUAUUACAUUACACGAGACUUUGAAGGCGCCCUCGAUGCCUACAGCGAGGCCAUGGAAAUCAUGGUCCAGAAUCUGGGAGACUCACAUCCGGACAUUGCCACGGUCAUGUCCAAUAUUGGUGACGUUCACUUGGCAAAUGGCAAGGAUGAAAACUGCUUGAAGUACUAUCGAUCGGCAUUGAACAUUCGAUAUGCCAAUUUUGGGAAGCAUGAUCCGAGAGUGGUUCGCCUAUUGGAAAAGAUUGCCAGAAUUGAAAUUGGGGACAUGAUGAUUUCGCAAGACGAUCAAUCCAUGAUGGACAAGGAUUGGGAAGAUCGAUCUAUGGCUUCGGGGAUGAGGCCAUUACAAGCAGAGUAUCAAAUAUUAAACGGGGAACUCAAGGCGGACAUUGAGUAUUUGGAUGCACUUCAAGAACGAGUCUCCAAGAAUGUUGUUCAGGAACAUGCGGAGGUUGCUAUGGAUAUGCAAGAUCCACCAAGUGUCAGUUCGUAUGACGCGAUUGGGGAUGGUUCGGAUCUUGAAUAUACAGACGAGGAGGAUCUAGAGUCACUAGAGGACGACUACGAAUCGGACGGGGCGAUGAUUCGAGAAGCUCGAGCACCUGACGACGACGAAACGGAUUUUCAACCGGGAGCACCUUGCCGCAAGGCAGCACAGGAACACGUUAAUUCUCGUCUCAACAACAUUCGAGAACUCCGACCAACCAGCAAGAGGAAGGAGAACCACCUUAACAAAAGCCAAGCCAAUAGAAGAGAUACCAUGUCAUCAGGUGGAAGCAACGAAAUGUAUAAUCACUAUUAUGGUCAAUUGAACGAAGAUAAUAAUGACAAUGAUAAUGACAAGUCAUCUGUUUCUUCUACAAGCAGUGACGAUGUCUUUGGUCAAUAUUAUGGUCAAAUGCAAACCAGUAGUUCUGGCUUGCGGGCAGUGGACCCCAAUGCUGCUGUUGCCUCCACAUCAGCGACGAUUCGGAAAUCCAAGAUUGGCAGUGAACGAGGCAACCGAAGGGUGAUUAUCACGUCAUGA